AUGUGCUCUUACAUGACGUAUUGAUUAUUCCCCGUUAAGAUGGCAGACGAAGACAUGUCUCCUCUGCAUCGUAAAAAGCCCUGUCGUGCAUGUAGAGAUUUCAAGUCAUGGAUGAAUCAAGGGAAUAGAAACAAAAGUACUAUGAGUAAUAACAAGAACUCAUCUCAAAGCCAUGACUCAGCAUCUCAGGAUGAAUCCAGUGUAGAGUGUCCCCUUGAUAGGCAAGAACUUGGCCGAUCAACAUGGAACUUUCUUCACACAAUGGCUGCAUAUUAUCCAGACAAUCCUUCCCUACAACAACAAGAUGACAUGGCUAGUUUUGUAAAAAUAUUUUCCAAAUUUUAUCCUUGUGAAGACUGUGCUUCACAUCUUAGAGAAAGGUUACAAACUCACCCCCCUGACACAAGCAACAGAUACAGUUUUUGUCAGUGGAUGUGCCAUAUGCACAAUGAAGUAAACAGGAGGCUUGGAAAAAAAGAAUUUGACUGUUCAAAGGUUGAUGAGCGAUGGCUUGAUGGGUGGAAAGAUGGAUCAUGCGACUAAUCAAUGUAUAUAGUAUUACAAUAUGAUUAGUCAUCAGUGUCUAAAAACUGUAAUAGUACUACACAGGAACCAUGCAGGAGGAGGGGCUGGGGGACUGUAGCCCCCCCACUCUUUUAAAUUAAACAAAAAGUUAUUUAACAAAAAUAACAAAGCCAAAAAUAGCCCCCCCACUCAAAAACUUGCUGCAUGUUACUAAACAUCUUUCAAAAGAAAUAUUGCUUAUUUAAAUGAUUCUCCAGUGUGCUGGUUGAUCCAGUAUAGUUAGGGAAGAAAUAUUGUUGGGACAAUGAAAUAUAACAACAAAAAUAAAAAUGAGACAAUAUGUUAACCUUAGAAAAUAAGGUAUUUAAUUGGUGCCUUCAGUGUGUAAGGGAUAUGGAUUUUUAUGAACAAAAGCUAAGCUCUUCUCAAAUAGGAGUUGUGCAACCUUCAAACAAAUAGAUGUUUCCCCCACCAGAAAAACAAAUACAAAAGCAAAUGCUCCUCUUUGAGCUUGGCAAAAGCUAUUACUUGAGAGGAAGUAAGAUAUAGCAAUACUUUGUAGUAUUCAGUGAUAUCACUGUAAUUUGUAAAACUGUUUUAAAGUUUUGUUAACCCUUUGGCCCUGUAA